CACUCAGUUUCCAUGGUAACCAAACACCGUAAACGUGCUCAGAUGCGAUAGACACAAGAUUCUUGUAAAAGUUGAUCUUUUGACUUUAUAGAACUUAAAUUAAGAUUUCAUGAACAUUUGAUCCAUGAUGAACAUUUGUAUUUAUUUACUUAAGCAGAAAAACGGGUUGUGAUGAAAGGGCUGUCCUCAGGAGGGCGCUGGAGCUGCAUCUGGACUAAAAUACCACUGGGCACUUUUCUAUCAUCUGCAAUAACAAGUGGAUAUCAAACCACGAAGAAUGCAACACCCACCCAACCUUCUUAGACUCCAAUGAGGAGCCACUCAGUGUUUUUAAAGGAUCUGCAAACUUUCAGGGUUUUCAUUCAGAAAACCCAAAACAAGCAUCAAUAACAAAGCCGGGUCCGUGUGGGAUUCAGGGAUUACACUUCCUUUGAUGCACCUGGAGAUGGAAAAUCAUCAAACACAAACAAGACCGGGAGGAAAACCAGCACUUUUCCACUCAUCGUCAGGGCAGGAGCUGUUGACGCUGUGCUUUAGGACUGGAGGAAGAGGAGCGGGUCUGGGAGCGCUGAGACAAUGCUGUUACAGUCCUUCUCACAGGAGGGAGAUCAGUGCACAGCUGCCACCGACCACAGCAAACCCCCACAGGUCUGCUGCUCAGAGAGGUCCAGCUCAUGUGGUGGUUCAGCCCGAGGCAGAGCCACCUGGUUGUCUGGGAGAAACAACCACUGAUCCCAUCAAGGUUCAGUCAGACGUAGAGGCUCGGGUGUCUCAGCUGGCCGACAGCCUACUGAUGCAGCUACACACUAACAGAGACUGUCGUCCUCUUCAGGAUGCCAUGACUGCAGGUCCUCAGCUCCCGUCUUUACCCAGUUCCAUCCCGGAGACGAGGGGAGACAACCACAUGCUGAGGGGGAUUGAAAUGAAGAUGCAGCGGAUCCAGCAAGAAGCCUCACCAGAAUCCACCAAGUCUGCACCUCACACCCUUCAGAACCAGCCUGAGUACCAACAAGGCCACUUUCCGUCUAAUCAAAACGAGUUCCCCCAGCCUUGUUCUGAUCUCCGUCAGUCCCACCAACACCAUCCUCACAGCAUACAUCCCCGUUUCCAGCAGCUGCCAUCCAGUCCAGCGGUGUUCCAACAGAAGCCUGUUCCAUCCCAUAAAGUUCGCUGUCAGAUCAGUGAGACUAACAAAGCCCUUCAGUCUCAGUCUGCAAGAGGUCAGCAGAGACCUGUUGGUCGGUCCGUGCUGGAGGAAGCUGGUCAGGUUCUGUUUCAUGUUCAGAGACGGAAAAAGGUUCUGGAGGACAACCUGGAGACUCUGCUCAACGUGAAGAAUGGAGAGAUUCUGACCUGCCAGCUGGAAGCCCUGGCUGCUAACAGAGAUCCGACUAAAGAGGUUCAAAUCAAAAAGACUGUAGAUGCCUGGAUUUCCAUUUUAGACACAGAAGUCCAGACUUGUAAGCUUCCAUCUUCUGCUGCUGCUGGGAAGUCCUCGCAGGACGCGGUCCACCGUAGGUCUGCUGGUGCUGCUGCGUCACAAGUGAGGUCUGCAGGUAGAGGGAAACCCAGACAAACAGGAACCAGAGGCCUUAGAGCUGGACACAGAGUGCUGCAGGAGGCCGAGCUGUCAGCAGUCACACCUAGGUCGAUGGGCAGCCAGCAGGAAGAGGUGGAUGCGGAGGUGUACCUGACUCGUUUGUAUGGCAAGCUUCCAUGUGAAGGUCUGAGACGAACCUUAAAGAAGAGCCCGUACCCUCGCUUCAGCUCUUCUGCAUCCCCACUAAGCAAGAAGCCCCACCCCCGACUGGUAGAGAGCAUCAGAGGUGUGAAGCUGAAGUCCCGCAAGACUCAGACAAGUUUGACUCCGCCCUUUUGCUUGCCUGCUGGACCACAUCUCCACCACCGUAUCUCAAGCGCCAUCAACCCAUCCUCACAUGACCUCGCUCACAUUACUGAUGCUCCUGCUCCACACAGUUUCCCUGUUGCCAUGGCGAUCCCACUGGCUCCUCCCAGAAUGGACUCCUCCAAGCACGAGUGUGCACAACAUCCUGGUCCACUCUCUGCAAGAAUGGUCAGCACGGAACAGGAAGCUGCUGAGCAACAGCUGCGGCCGGGAGAAGAAAAGACUCAGUCUCCUCCACCGCCUACUGUGGAUAUCUUAGAUGCUGAGGCCAUGAGAAAUCAGGACGAGGAACACGAGAACGUCCUCCCUGGAGAUGAUGUCAACCAUCUAACCAGCCUGUGCUCCUCUGAGGAAGUCUGUGAGAUUGGAGAGGAAGUGAUGCUGUUAGAUCAAGGUCACGGUGGUCCAGCCCUCCCACCACGUUCCCCGUCUCCCCCUCAUGCCCAAAAUGUGACCCCUGUCCUUGGGGUGAGCCAGCAUGGUGCUCUGGAGACCCGACUGGUGGAAUGGGUAAAGGAGCAGCUAAUGUCCAGGAUGUACUUUGAUUUGCACCGCCCCCCCGUGUCUGACCCGCCCCUGUAUCUUGCCGAUUCAGAGGAACCAAGCCGUUCUUCAGACAUCAUCGUUGCAGCGGAAGCAGCAAGAGAGGACGGUCUGCAGCUGUUCGUUGACUCCAACACCCUGGUGGAUUCAGAGUUAAUCAGGCUGCUGGUUAACGAGGUUCUGACUGAGACGGUGGCCCAGGUUCUGGGUCAGAGAGACGCUUCAGCUGCUGACCAGGGACCUGGACUGGAAGUGCCACAAUCAGGACUCGUAGCUGACGAGGAGGAAAACCUGGAAGUAGCAGUCCCAACUCCAGCACCAACACCGCUGUCUGGUGUGACCCAGUCCAGCAGAGAGGCCACACCAGUAACCACUCCUCCUUCAUCUGAAGCUCCCAGUCCGGUGACCAAGGAGCCUCUUCAGCCAAUCACAGCACCAGAGCCUGCAGCUACACCAACCCCCGGUUCAGAGCACAAAGGAAGUCCUACUGCUCAUCAAGCCCAGCCACAGCUCACCUGGGGAGACCCUGAGUGUCCGCUAGAGGAGGAGAGACCAGAGCAACAGCUGGAUCCAGACAAACAGCAGCUGAUCAUGUCAGUAACAGAGGAGGAGCCUCCUGUCUGCUCCCCGGUUCCUCCUCCUCCUCCUUUACAACCUGCUCCACUUGAAUCCAGGCCUGCACCCCCCUCCAGCUCUGCGGAGGACCUCAGCUCCAGCAUCUCCAGCAGCUCCAGCAUCACAGCGACAGCAGAGACUGAAGCAGCACUGAAGCACAUCUCAGAGGCAGAGGUGCUCAUCGGUGUUAAACAGCUGGGAUCUUUAAUGGAAGAGGAGGGCGUUUGCAGCUUCUCCAGUUCUCUUCACGAGCUGCAGGACAUGGAUUUUGACCCCAGCGCUCUUGAACCGGUCAGAGGUCACAACCUUCUGCUGACUGUGUUGACCAAGAUGGAUGAGGGUGUUGCACAUAGAGGGGAGAGGUUGCAGCCUGAGGGCUCCUGGGGGAGGAAGGAGGAGGAGGAGGAGGUGAGCGUGGGGGAGGUGAAACCUCUUCAGGCCAAAAAUUCACUGUUGCUGGGUUCAACCAGCUCUUCUGGAGAGAUCAGCCCAGCUGCAGCUGAAGGUGAAGAGGAGGAAGAUAUUCACCCAGCCUGCACCGUACCCCUGGAGGACGGAGGGGUGGCGGGAGGGGAGAGGGUCGGGGCGCCACCCGGUGCUACUUCAGAAACGGACUCCUCCACCACCGAUGUGUUCUGAUUCAACUGGACAUGUUUUCAUUUCCAUUCAACACCUGUCUUAUAUAAGCAACAAAAGCUAAAGACUCAUGGAGCAGCAGCUGACUCGAUUCAAAACAUGUCCAUAUAAUGUUACACUUUUAUGUAGCUAAUUUAUAGUUUGUUAAAUGUUUUAAUGCUGUUUCUCCAACAUCUUACUAAGUGUUUUGGGAUGUUUUGUGAUUGCAGUGGAUAUUUUUCUCUAGAGUUCAUGUUCACAGUAACAAUUUAUUGUCAGUAAAAGAAUGAUUAGCAAGACAUAGAUCAAAAACACUUACAGAAUAACACCAAACUCUGCAAAGAUCUCCGGUUUUAUUCACAGGUUGUUAAAUAAAAAUAAACUGAAGAAUUUA